UUUUAGUAACGCAUAUGAAAUGAAAUCUAUAGAAUCGUUUGAUUCUUUUUGUGUCUGAUAGAGAAGUGCAGUGAAAAAAUAGCCUGCUAAUAAAUUCCGAGUUGGUCAAUUUUUCAUAAAAUACAAUAUAAAGCAUUUAGAUUGAAUUGCAGUUUAAAUUCGAACGUAAUCUUAAAUUCUUCUCAAGGAUACCAACUGAAAUUGCGAGUGGACAAGUAAAACAUUUGUCAAUCUCUUUUCGUCUUUUUCGCUUUGUGUGUGUUCUAUCUCCUCGUACAUCUUUUGCAAUUUCAUUUCAUUUUGUUUUUGUGCCUGCCACCCGUGGAAAAAGAAGAAGAAUUGGAGUUUUUUUUUCGCUUGGCCGACUCCCCAAAUAUCCACGUAUAGAAAGAAGUGCAAAAAGUGUUUAAAGUGUGAAAUGUAAAUUUGCAAUAGCCACUGAUUGCUGUGGUUGCGACAAAGAAAUACAAGUGGCCAUAGGAAGAAGUGAUAAAAAUACAACGUUCGUAGAGAAAAAAAAAAUUCCUAAAAUAAAUAAGCAGACCGCAAAGUUAUUAUAAAUGUUAAAGUCUUUGUUUUUAUGACGCAUGUUAGCAACACAACAUGCAGCAAGCACAACAACAAGAAAGGCGACAUCAGCAGCAUACCGUCCAAGUAUCCAAACGAAGCAAUCUUCAAAAUAUCGCCCAGCAUCAACAAAGAGCCUGCUACACCACAAAGGACACUGUAGUUUUAUAGUGUAUCCUCUUUUGUUUGGCCAACGUUUUCGUUGUUGUGUUUUAUCGUUCGUCGUUGUUAGCUUAUGCAGGGUAACUUGUUGUAAGGCGUCUGCAUAAAUUAUUUGAAACCCCCUACCACCCCCAAACUGUUCCAUCCGCCGGUAAAGCGAUUAUCGGCGUGAAUUUCUAUGGCAACAUUCGUGGACUACGAUGACAAUGAAGGUGGAGAUGAUAACUCCAGUGUUACCAUAUGCCCCGAUAUGGAUGGAGAUGCCGCCGCAGCAGCCGACAGUCCCAGUCUCAGUCACAAUGCUGGAGCACAAACACCAACGCCACCUGCAACAUCCCACAGCAACUCCACUACAAAUAGCAAUAUCACCAGCCCACAUAAUUCCCAGCGAGGAGUAUCGAAAGCUACGACUUCAAAUAACGGUUCUAAUGUCAUACAAAAUCAUAAGAAAAGCUCAAAAAUUGAUGCCGCCAUCAAUGGUGUCGAUGAUUUGGAUGGUGUAACUGCUGCAGACAGCAGCCUUAACGUGGAGAAUGAUGAUGGGGUGGAGUUGGGCGAGACGGGAAUUACAAGGUGCGGCCCCAUUACAUGUGAUGCAAACAACAUGGGCCCAAAUGCCUCAUCUGCCGCAACAAACUCAGGUCUUUUGCUGUUGGAUGCGCAGCCGAGGCAGGCGAACCAACAACAGCUACCGGAAGCUAUGGUAGUUAACGCCUCCACCUCCAGCUCGAAGGGAACAACAUCAUCAUCGUCCAGUGCCAAAAAUUUGCUAUUGUGUCGCCGAUUUAAGGAUUUGGGCGAUACGUUGCGCAAUUUUAGCUCAUUGCCACUAUUUAUUUAUGCCACUUCACCAUCAACACAUGCCACUUCGGCCGAUGGUGUGGGUGUUGCACAAGUGGCUGUUAAAGCAGCAGAAGAAGCCGCUGCAGCAGCAAAUAAGAAAAAGAAUGAAUCCCAUGACUCCUCGGGUCGUUGUAAUAGCAAUAACUCUCCGCACAAUACCCUCUCCAAAGGUAUAGCCGGCACUUUGCGUGCUGGUGCUAUGGACUGUCUGCCCUUGAGUGUGGGCGUGGGUACUCACCAUCCGCACUUGAUGGCCUCCAGCAAUACGGUGAAUGUCACUGUAGCACCAACCUCAGCCAUUGUGGCGGCCAACUAUCACCAGCAUCAUCCUCAUCAUAUGAACCUCAACCAUCACCUAGUGCUGGGCAGUCCUCAUUUGGGUUAUACCAGCAGUUAUGGGCUGUCCCAUCAUGCCAGCAGUGGGGGCGGAGGAAGCGGCAGUAGUGGCAGCGGCAUUGGCAUAUCAUCAGCGAAUAGUCAUCACCACCACCAGCAUCAUCAUGUCCACAGUGAGCAGACCAAGUCAUUGCAAGAAUUGCAACAUGAAGUUGGAGCCCUCUUGGAAUUCCGUGAUCUAGUUAUAGAAACAUUUCCCGAUCUCAAGCAUAAAAUGGCCUCAAUAUCAUCGGCAGCCUCCAACGUCUCGUCGACGGGAUGUGUUUCGGGCCUGGGUGGAGGUAGCAGUAGUGGUGUCAGUGCUAAUCAAUCGGUGAGCGUAAGCGGUUCUGCCUCGGCGACCACUCUCACAAGUGGUUGUACCUUAGUCUCACGCCGUGAAUGGGAGCCGGGCAUAAGGGUGAAAAGGAAAGUCUCUCAAAAGGAAUUGAAUCAUCCCUCCGCCACAGAUUUGACCUCUUCAUCUUCGCUGACGAGGAGUCGCAGUAAUUCGCAUAGCGGUAAAAAAGAGCCAAAGAGUAGUAGCGGCGUUGCGGGAGCAGGAAGUGGUGUAGGCGGUGCCGCAAGUGGUGAAACCAAUAACGGCAGUGUGGUACAAGAUUCAGGAUUCUCAACCGAAACUAGUUCUUCAAAGGAGGGCCACAGUGCAUCCUCAACAAAUGGUGGUCUGACUGGCACCAUUGCUUCAAAUCGCUUGUCUUGUCCCGAAUCCGAUGAUGAACUUCUCAACCUAUUAGAUGUCAUCCACCGCAAAUCCAGUCGCCUACGCGAUGAGGUGGAACAUUUGCAAAACUAUGAACGCCAUCAUUUGCGAUCGAGUGGCCGCACUGGCAGUGCAUCCGAAGAUCAAACCGAUCAAACUGUUGAUGGCGUCAAUGCCGCCACAGCCCUCUCCAAAUCCAGCAGUAGUAGUGCCAAUACAGCUUUAACACCAAAAACCUUCCGCGAACACGUAGAACGCCUCAACAAAGAGGAUCUGCAACAAUUGCGCAAAGAACGUGAUCGCCUACUGGAUAAAUUGGCCGAAAUGGAGGCUGAAACUCUGACGGGUCGCAUAAAGGCCACCAAAAUGAGUGAGCAAGUGGAGGAGUUGAUCAAGGUGAAAAAGGAACUGGAGGAACAAUUGAAGCUGGCAAUGGCACAGAGGCUAGAGUUAAACUCUAGGGUGCAACAGUUGCAGCAACAGCAACCUAGCAGAAACUCAAACAGUCACUCGGAUUUCUCCAGCCCCAGAACAUUUCUUUCCUCCUCUGCCACCACGGUAUUGUCCACCGCUAGUACAGCCUCAUCGAGGCAACAAAAUACAUUCCAACCUGUGGUCGUAGAGCAGCAACAGCAACAACAACAUAAACCGCAUACAAAUUCGUCAAGCGAACUGAUAGCAUUCCAUCAAAGCCCUGGCAGUGAUACUAAACCCAUAACUCAUCAUCAUCAGCAGCAGCAAUUUACUGCCGAUCAAUUGGGUCGCCUGGAUGGCAUUGUCAGUACACCGGCUGAUAUUAAAUGUCGGGUAACGGAUUCCAAGCGUUUUGCUGCUAUACUCUUGGAGACAAGUGUUAUAGAAUUGCAAAGGCAUUUGCUAACAUUGACUGUUAAGAAUCAGAUAUUAAUGCAAAAACUUGAGGCCGCCUCAAAAUCAAAAUGUCAUUUAGUCAAACGUUUAGACAAAUCCAAAGAUGAUGUGGAAGAUUUAAGGUUUCAGCUGGAGGAGAAAAAUAUUGAACUGGAGGGUACCAAGGCCCAAUUGCGUGUUUUAGAAUCGAGACUGCAUUCAAUUACCCCAAGCAGCGGUGCUGCCACAAAUUCCUAUUUACACUCGCAAAACGAUUACGAAACAAAUCGUUCAUCGGCCUCCACUACACUGAUGCUAAGCAGGCGUGAUGGUGGUCGUGGUGUUAGUGGCCUGACCCUAGAAUCAUCAUCAUCAUCAGCUUCCCAUCCCCAUGAUUUGCGCUCAUCAACACCGACAACGACGACGACAAAUGGUCAAAUGCCACAACCCAUAACAACGCAAAUCUCCACCCCAAGCAUGAAAGCAAUGACUCAUUUGCCCAUGGAUGAUAUGCAACACCAUAGCAGUAGCACCGAAUCGGCCCAUGAGCAUGAUGAGCAACAUGAUGUGAUGAGCUCCAGCCAUAUGGUCGGCAGUGCAGCCGCUAAUAAAUUGGAAAAUGGCCGUGACAUGCGUCAAAUAUUGAUGAGCACCAGUGUGGGUGGCAUUAGCCCUUUUGAACAGCAAUUGCAACAGCAACAAGUGGCGGCAAUUAGAAAUCAUGUGCAAGCUUUAAAGAAAUUCAGUGGCGUGACGACCUCGAAACCGAGUAAAAUUCCAUUGCCCGGUAGUAAAGCGGCGGCCUACUUUGCGGGAAAACCCCCCUCUGGUAGACCCUCAACUGCAGGUCGUUCACCACCCUCGGCGAAUUCAUCGGCGUCAUCGCAAAGUCGAUCUCCCUUAAGCCGAAGCACUGGUAAUCUUUUGUAUUCCAAAUCACCGAACAGCUUAAAGAGAGCCGAUUCAGCACAAAGUAUACGCAAAGAUAUAUCAUCGUCGUUUAGCACGAAUACCAGUCGCAGUUCCACCUCAUCAUCCAUACCCUUGGCUACAACACCCUAUAGCUCGGCUUCCAAAUCGUAUGGUGGUGGUGGUAGCGGUUCCAUAACCGCCAAUACCAACACUAAUAAUAAUAAUACUUUAAAUAGUCCGUCCUCAAGAAUUUUACAAAAUUCACCAUUACCAAAACAAAAACGAGAGUCACUGUCCGCCAAAGUCAGACAAAUGGAUUCUCUGUCGCGUGCUUACAACCAAACACAUCAUCAUCAGCAACAGUCGUCAAAUCACCACCAGCACCACACCUCCAAUGGUAGCAAUAAUAGUGAUAAUGUUUCUACAUCAACAUUGGCCUCAUCCUCCUCGCCGGUGCCCAAUAAUGGUGGCGCUAGUUAUUUGGUUAGCAGCACACCCAAACCAACAUCGAUAGCCGCUCAAUUGACUACAUCGUUGCGCAAGGAUUUGCAAUUGAGCUCCAGCAGUUUUCCUGCCAGCCAACCACCCUUUCAGAGGAGAGCCACCAGCGGAAGUGUGGGCUUUGGCCAGGCCAACACUAACAGCAACACCAACACCAAUCACAAUGGCAAUGGCAAUCCUGUGGCAGCGCGUCGUUUUAGCACUGCCAGUGCGGUGGGGGCUCGUGCAGCUCGCCAGGCGGAGCAUGAUGCACAGCAUCAUAGCAAUGUAAGUGGCGGCAGUGGGGUGGCCAUAUCCUCCCAUAGCAGCGGCGGCGGCGGCGGUGGUACUGCCAGUGAUAGCGAUAGUGGCAAGAAGCAUAUUUCGAAAAUAUUAGCAUCCAAAUGAAUAAAAAAAUUGCAUGUGAAAUGUCCUACUAAACAAACGAGAAAACAAAGCCUAUAACUACACUAAAGUAUUCUCUUAACCUAGAGCCUCAAAAGAAACGAAAAGAAGAAACCAAAACGAUUUGUAAAAAAAAGACAGCCAUUUCAGAAGUUUCCUUUGAACCCAUUGUAAAAUGAAAUAUGUAUGCCCCCAUCACUAUCAUCAAAACCCAGAACCAGCAUUGACCCCCGAAAUAAGUUGAUAAUAGUCAAAACCUGAUGAUGUACCUACCACCACAUACAUACAUACAUAUUUGUCAUUAACAAUAUCCGUUUCCUUAACUCAAAGACAAAACAAAAAUUGAAAAAAGAACGCAUGCAUUGGCUCUAACAGUUACACACACAGUUACAGACACAGAGAAACAGGGAGACAAAUCCUGCGAAAGGCUAAAGGAAUAAUUGGUGACUUAUAUGAUAUGCCCCCCCCCAUCCAUCAUCAUCUACUACUACUACCACUACUACUCUCUACUAUUGCUCCGCCAAGGAUAUGGAAUUAUGCUAAUUGAACAGAUGAUUAAAAACAAUUGUGGCUAAUAUUUGGGUUUUCUAUAAAAUUACCAUAUACCUAUCCAUAUAUAAAUAUAUGUAUACAAGUGUGUUUGUGUGAGGGUGUGUAUGUGCAAAUUUUGGAGGCGGAAAAGGAUAUGGAUGUAAUGGAGGAAAAGAAGGAGAAGGUGCCUGGUGCUCUUUAUAUGUGUGUUGUGUGUAUUAUGAUGUAUUUUCUUAUCUAAUUUUGGAGCUGCUCUAACCCUGAAUAUGCCAAAAAACAAACGCUGUGAAGGGAUUUAUCAACAAAUAUCCAUAUAAAGGCACUCUCAACAAAAAAAAAAGAACUACAACAACAUUCACCCACAUCAUUAGCAUCAUCAUCGUCAUCGCCGUCGGCGUCGUUCUCGCAAUCGUACUCGUUGUCGUCUUCGUCAUUCAACGCAGCUAUCCUCUUCGGCUCUAGUACCUUGUUUAACAAAAUCAAUUUUUUUCUCGAUCGUUAGCUUUUGCCAUGACAAAGAAAGCCCCCUACCAUGCUCUAUAAAGAGUGUAACAGAGAAAAAGAGAGAGAGAGAGAGAGAGAGAGUGAAAAAGGGAGAGAAAGAAAUUGGGAGGAAAAAAAUUGGGAGUAAUUGAUUGAAUCUUUUCAAUUAUGGCAGUUUAUAUUCAUGCGUAAGUUUUUGUUUCAAUUCCAUUUGUUUUGCCUUAGUUUAAUUUAGAUUUAGUGCCUAGCUUUAGUUUAGUUAGAUGCACCACCUCCAACUACUACAACAAAAACCACAACAACAUGAAACUCUUAUGGUUAAGAUGCCUACAGCAACAUCUCCCCUCCCCCCACCCCCUGCCACUUAGAAUAUAGUUUUUCUUGUUUUAAGUCUAAAAAAAUUCCCAACUCCCAUGUGUGCUCUUAAAAAAUUCCCCAAAAAAAUUCCCUUAUUUUUA